UCUGCAGUUGGUAAUAUCCUUCCAGAGGAUGGCAGAACCGAACGCGUUGCCACCGGAUGUUAAUCCGGAAAACAAUCCCAUCCCGGGUGCCCCGCUUAUAAAUCCCACACGACCCAGGAAUAACGUGCAGAACCCGUUGAUAAACGUACGAGAUCGAUUGUUCCACGCUCUUUUUUUCAAAACAGCGAUCGCUUAUGCACAGACAAUUCCACGACCUGUUCGUCGUGCCAUCGAACUGAUGAUGUUGCUUAAGGCGUUAUCUGCAUUUUUCAUCCUGGCGUACAUUCAUGUACGCUUUUCGCAGACACCAACAACAUGCCUUGAGCACGUGAAGAAUGAUUGGCCCCGUGAUGGAAUACUUCGCGUGGAAAUUUUAAGCCUAAGCCAAAGUGAACUCGACGGAGGCACGCAAGCAUCUGAUGUGGAUGAUACAGAUGUGAACGUGCUACGCAAUACGCUAAAGAACGGCAUGGUUAGCAUCGACCCAUCAACGACUCUGCCCCACGAAGAGGAACAACAGAAACCGAACGUUGACUCUUUGCCACAUAGCUUCUCCAAUAGUAGCCCAAUGCCCCGGGAGAAAGUAAAUUACGAACAGAUGACGUCGGACAUCUACACCGCGACGAGACCGGACAAUUUUAUAGUCACCGAAAACUUCACCGAGGUAACAAUAGACAGUACUCCAUUUCCGGGCGACAAAGCUCGCCAAAUGGACGCUUUUCGUGACGACGGGCAACGUAAAACACCACCGAUCGUGACAACGUUAAGAGAAAGGCAGGAUACUAUUGUUUAUGCGAACGAAACGAUCAUGAAAGCGCUCCAUGUUUCUGGUGAUGAAAAUGGCGAAGAAGGUCUCAAGUCGAACGUUCCCGUAAUGGAAAAGCUGCGUAACGCUGUUUUGGCAGCUGAUCAAUACAUUGUGGAAUAUUCGCUUGAAUAUGGGUUUUUGCGUCUGUCGGCUGCCACGAGACAGAGAUUGAACAUUCCGGUUCAUGUGGUGCGUCUCGAUCCGCAUGUGAACGAAUGUUUCGGCGACUCGUUCAGUCGGUUGAUCUUGAAACAUUUUCUUGGUUACGACGACAUACUGAUGGCCUCCGUGAAGGUGCUAGCCGAACAGGAGGAUAACAAGGGUUAUUUGCGAAAUGUCAUCACUGGCGAGCACUUCCGGUUCGUAUCUAUGUGGUGGAUGGGACGCGGAUCGUAUACGGCUGCCUUCUCCAUUAUGGUUCUGUUUACGAUUUCGAUUUCCAUGCUGCUCCGAUACUCGCAUCACCAAAUUUUUGUUUUCAUUGUGGAUUUACUUCAAAUGCUCGAGUUUAACAUACCUGUCCGGUUUCCUGCGGCACCUCUACUGACUGUCAUACUCGCGUUGGUUGGUAUGGAAGCCAUCAUGUCGGAGUUCUUCAACGACACGACGACCGCCUUCUACAUUAUCCUGGUGGUAUGGUUCGCCGAUCAAUAUGAUGCAGUUUGCUGUCAUACAAGUGUCACAAAACGUCACUGGUUGAGGUUCUUCUAUUUGUAUCAUUUCUCAUUCUAUGCUUACCACUAUCGAUUCAACGGACAAUAUAGCAGUUUGGCGCUGGUUACCUCCUGGUUAUUUAUUCAGCAUUCGAUGAUCUACUUCUUCCAUCACUACGAGCUGCCCGUCAUUAUACAGCAAGCGCAGCUGCAGCAAAUUCUGAUCCAAACGCGCAACGAACAGGCCCAGCAAGCGCCGUUUCAGCAGCGUGGCCAACAGCCAUCGCAGCACCACCACCGCGGACAAUCCGCCCCGCAACCGGGUACGAAUCGGCGGCCACCGAUUCAUCAGCCGCCCCAUCAGCAACAGCGUCCUCCGGCACCGAACUACGGUGUGCAAAAUUUGUUCCGCAUCUUGCGCCGUCAAAAUGACAACAACAACAACAUCGGGGACAUUCUUAAUCGCAUCCCGCGCUACAGCUUGCAGACACUGAACGUCGGCAGCCACAAUGUCGUGAACAACAUCAACGUCUUCAACGCGUCGCUGCGCGAUGUGGCACGCAACUCGAUUCAGUUUCUGCGCGCCAACUUGAGCGUCGGCAUGACGCUGCUGGGCAAUGCCGGGAACAUCUACAACAAUAAUAACAACAACAAUCCGGAUAAUCCCAACAACAACAAUAACAACAACUAUCCAACGCUGUACGGGCAUCUUCAUAACUUAGUUUUCGAGAUACAGCAUCGCGUCGGCAUGACGGCCGCCGUGGCGGCCAAUAAUCACAGCCCAACGCUCGAGGACGCACCGCCGAGCGAAGGACCGAGAGAGCGCGAUACGGAUAGUGAUCGCGGCGGUGUACCACCCGUGCCACCGCUGAUGUCCGGUGAUCGGCGCAGCAACUACCAGCGCAACUACGAAGAGAACAAUUUCAUUUUUCCCGAGGCGGUACUUACGCAGUCACAACCACAGUCACCGCAACCACCGGUGACUGGCCAGCGCCAACAAGACCCAGCGGCUGAGUGGGUCCCGGAAGGGACGAUCGACGAUCGACCAAAGCAUGCCAGCAGUGACAGCAGCUCCAAACUGACGCCGGACGUCAGUGAAGGUAAAGUAUUGUUGCUGACGAGUACGGUGCAGGAGCCGCAACUGGGGCCAGCCGGUAGUGACCCUCCGGCUGUGCGUCGCGACUGGUCCGGCGACGCAAGCGAUGCCAUUAGUCAACCACAACACACUGGCCAUAGGGACCAGCGUGAUUCGAGUGAUAGUCACCCCGGUUCUAGGCUGGCGGAGGAACACUCCGAACUGGAAUCGAGCGUUCGACGGCGGAUCGGGCAGGGUAGCAGGCCCCCGGUGCCAUUUGAUGAUAGUGAAUCCUUGACGCGGAACAUUUCGCAGUAAAAUGGUGCAUGACGAGCAUGAUGAUCGAGCCGAUGCGAGUGACCAACGGUGUGAUGUAUUUCUUUAUGUUUCUGGUGUAUUUUUGUUAGUUCGCGUUAAAUAUAUUUUUAUCAUGAUCCCCAGUAAUGGGUCUUGUUACGUGCGUAUGUAACACAUAAUUUAUGAACCUGAACCUGUUGUUGAACAUGAUUUGCAAGGAAGAGCAACGUAGCGUAGCGUUGUGUACGGCUCUUCUAAACCGAAACAAAUCAAAACUAAGACGAAAAGAGAAACCAGACGCAAGAAAGCAUGGAAAUUCCAAAACUAUUUGUAAAUAGUCUACGAAGAAUGUUGUACAAUUUGAUUGGAAUCAUUAUUUCUAUUGGUUUUGACAAAACGGAUGCCCAGCGAAAUGUGCUUUAAUCGUUGUUUGGCGAGCCCAUACACGGUUCUCUCGGUUGCGACAAAUAAGCAUAAGGAAAGGACAUUUUCUUCGAUGGGUCAAUGUAUUGUGUUCAUAGAAAACCAUUCUUUGUGCUUCGUUGCGCUGUGUUUUGUUGUUUUGGGUUUGUUCCAUUAAAGAUCGCUCUUAAGUUCCAGUACGCAGGCCAGACUGUUCUUUUUCAAAGACUUACCAUGUUUGGCAACGUGUGGACAGAAGAAAACAAAAUA